AUGGAUUUAUCAAACUUGCCUAGUGUUUGUGAGGUUUAUGGUCUUGAUGAUAGUGCUAAUGUUGGUUAUUUAUUUGCUUUGUUCAUGUGUCGAGAUGUUAAUUCACUUUGGAUUGAAAAAGGCCCGACUAAUACGAUUAAAAGAAGUACUCAGCUUGGCCAUGACUUACGCACAAUGUUUAUUCAGCGUAUAGAAAGUCUCCAAGCUUUAGUUAGCUGUUUUCGUUUGAAACUCACCUCUAAACUAACUAGAGAGCACCAAAUCAAAAUCAUUGUGAUUAAUCGCUUUUCAGACUACUAUGAAGACGCAAAAGAAUCCAAAGAGUCUCUGGCUAGUAUAGAUGCACUACUGGCUGAUUUCAAACGGGCGUACAUUAAGUACAGAAUACACACUAUUAUCAUUAAUACGGCUAAAAAGACUCUCUUCCCUUACGAGCAUGUUCGUCCUUUCUUUACUUCAGCCCAAUGGCGCAAUAUGAUCCCAGCCCAGUUUUUAAUUGAGCCCCAAGGAUUCAGUGCCACACAUCUACGAGUUAUUGUGCAAAAACCUACGGCUACUCCUCCGCAUGAGUUCACUAUUCCUAAUCUAGCGCAUAAUCCACCCCCCAAGGCCAACAAGGUCUAG